AUGGGUGAGUCCGGUGAGGGUGAGUCAGGGUGCAGGUGAGGAUACAUGAAGCCGGGUUUUUUUUUUCCGCUACUCACCCGUCAGUGGGUUCCCAUAGGGGGGCCGUGGAUUCCGCCCUGUGAGCCCGGGCUGCAGCUGAACACACAGCGGGGUCUGAGCGCAUACUAAGGCCAGGAGAGCCGCGAGGAGCACCGGGAGUCCAUGAGCCGAGAGCAGUCUCCGAGCAGCCGAGAGACGGUGGAUGUGAAGCCGAGCAUCCUGCAGCCUCCUCCGGCUCUGCGUCCUAUUGUCUCCGCAUCGCUCCGUCCUCUAGGAUGGGAGGAAGAGGAGGAGGGGAGAAGGAGGGGAGGGGAGGAGGGGGGGAGUCAGCAGAGGAGAGGAGCACCAGUAGUGAGGCAAGGAAGAGGAGGGGGGGCGAAAAACCCUCCCUCUCCUUUCUGCUUUGGCCAAUUGCAGCGCAGCUCCGCCGGGAGCCGCCGCUGCUCCUGUCUCCGUACAGACUAUGA